AUGUACUCCUCGAUCGUGCGGAUACAGAACACCUUCGGCUUCUUUACCACCGUCGCCUUCGUGAUCGCCGCCCUCAUCGCAGCAACCGACCUCCUCGCCCCGCGCACCCCCUCCGCCGGCCUCCUGAAGACGACCAACGUGCAGGUCAUCAAGGGCAGGCCGCAUUACUACUCCAGCCGAAAAGAAGAGUACGCCGUCAUCAAGUUCAGCCUCGACGCCGACCUGUCGAGCCUCUUCACCUGGAACACCAAGCAGGUCUUUGUGUACGUGACGGCCGAGUGGGAUGAUGCGGCUGGUGGAUCGGAGGGCAGCAAUGCCACUAGCCAGGCUGUCAUCUGGGAUACCAUCAUCACCGCGCCCUCGUCGGAUCACCUGGGUAACUACGGGCCGGCAAAGCUGAAGAAGCUGAGGAAGAGCGCCGAAGGGAAGCCAAUAGAUCCGAGCCGCGGCAAGCUCUCCCUCAAGAACCAGCGCCCAAAAUACCAAAUCACCCACCCCUCCGGCAAGAUCGCCGACACCCCCGACGUCCAGCUGCGGUUGCACUACAACGUACAGCCCUGGGUCGGCGCCCUGACCUGGAAUCAGAACAGGGACAUAGGCCUGUGGAAGGCGUUCGCCGGUGCCGUUAGCGAGGUGUUCAGGCUGCCGUUGGUCAAGAAGGACAGCGGGACCAGCUCCAAGAACUGAGAAAGGCUGGGCGUCGAGGCUGCCGUGGGCGGACCGAACGAACGUGAUAAAUAGUGUCGGUGUGUCUCAUAUAUAAAACGGCGCAAAACUCCAAAGCGCCGAUCAAUUCUGUCACAGUUCAGUUCAAUAACGCCCGGCAAUUACUCACGAUCGACACUCAUUAAUUUCAGUUCUCUAACUCU